UGUUAAAUUACUUCCGUGUUAAGAAACGUAAACCUAUUUCGCAUAAAUUGAAACUAAAAGUUAGACAGAUUAUCUUGAUGGCAUCGACAAAAAUUGUUGUUGCUGCCAUUGACUUUGGUACAACAUUUUCAGGAUAUGCAUUUUCUUUUGCUCAUGAUUAUGAAAACGAUCCAUUGAAGAUUCAGACUAAUCACUGGAUCGGCGGAGGUCAUUUGUCACUCAAGGCACCGACGUCAAUUUUGUUUAGUCCAGACAAACGAUUCCAUUCAUUUGGAUAUGAAGCAGAAGACAAAUACUCGGAUUUGGCGGAAGAAGAUAUGCAUUCUGAUUGGUACUUCUUUCGGAGAUUUAAGAUGAUACUUCAUCAAAAUAAGGUAUUGUCAAGAAAAACGCUUCUGCUGGAAGUAAACAGGAAACCACUAGCAGCUCUUACAGUGUUUUCGGAAGCCAUAAAAUACUUAAAGAAGAAUCUGACCGAGACAAUAUUUAUGAGGAUGACAGGUUUUGAAGAAAGUGACAUUCACUGGGUCCUGACUGUUCCAGCAAUAUGGACAGACGCCGCAAAACAGUUCAUGCGCGAGGCUGCCCUUCAGGCUGGUAUAAACGGAGAAUGCCUUGAACUUGUUCUCGAGCCAGAGGCGGCAUCGGCUUUCUGUAAAUGUCUCCCAGUUGAACGUCUUAAGGGUGGCCAGUCAAUGACUUUUGACUGCUUUCUUCCGGGAACUUGUUACAUCGUUCUUGAUUUAGGGGGUGGGACAGUUGACAUCACUGUUCACUCUGUUCAACAAGAUGGUAGUCUUUCUGAAAUUGCAAAGGCCAGCGGUGGUGCUUGGGGCGGUACACAAGUUGAUGAUGCUUAUCUUGGAUGCUUGGCAGAGAUGUUUGGAACCAAAGUUAUUGAAACAUUUCAGGAAGAGCAUACUGGAGACUUUUUAGACAUGAUGAGAGACUUUGAAGUAAAGAAGAGGGCAAUAUCUGAGGAGAAAGAGGGCAACAUAGUACUCAGGAUACCAGCAUCAUUUGCAGAAACAUACAAGAGCUUGAAUAGUAAUCCUAUUUCGAAGCACAUCUUUAAGGGACGCUUUGCUGAAAUAACCCAACUCAAGAGGGAUAAGCUCAACAUAAAUGUUGAUGUAUUUAAACAGUUUUUCGCAAGUUCAAUAGCAAACACCAUUGAACAUGUCAAAAGAAUCUUAGCCGAGAAUGAGUACAGUAACAUCAGUACAAUAUUGCUUGUAGGUGGCUUCGCCGAAUCUGAGAUAGUACAACAAAGAAUUCGUGAAGCGUUUCAAAAUAAGAGGGUGAUCGUUCCUAGCGAGUCCGGAUUAUCGGUCCUCAAAGGAGCAGUUCUACUUGGUCAUGACCCAAGAAUAAUGAAGAGCAGGAUCAGUAAAUAUACCUACGGAACUGAGGUAAUUAAUAGAUUUGAAUUAGGACACCCGGAAAAAUACAAAGUAUUCGAAAAUGAAGAAUUCAGAUGUCGUUAUAUAUUUAAAACAUUUGUACGCGCUGGAGAGGCAGUACCCGUAGGAACAGUAGUUGAAAACCAUUACAUCUCAGACACAUUUGAUGUUAAGGAAGGUCUUGGAUUGUAUGCCUCAACAGAAGAAAACCCACAAUACGUAACGGAAGAAAGCUGUUUCAAAAUUGGCACUGUUAAGUUUGAAAAUCCCCUCGAAAGGUAUAAGCUCGAAAUGCAUUUUGGGGAAACGGAAAUACUUCUUAAGUUCAUUUUUGCGGACGGCAAGCGAAAAACUGAGACAGUCAAUUUUCUUUGUGACUAGAAGAAAUAUAACUUUCUAGUUAUAUGUGUUUAUCGCAUAUUAAAUAAAAAAAAUUCCAGUAAACUAUUA